AAAAACUUUCUUAAAGGUUAGCUGCUUUUCGGCAGCGGAGAAUUCGAAGUUCAAUACUCAGAUCUCCCACUCCGUAAACGUCGUCGCCACCAAUAUAUUUAUUAUUUUUUUAAACCCUAUCACCUUCUGCUUCUCCUUUCUCCACUGCCAAGCCCCAUCUCCGGCGAAGCUUCGUCCUCAAAUGGCCUCCCAAUCCCUUCACUUCCUGACCCCUGUUAACCCCUCUCGCUCUCUCUCCUCUUCGCCUUUCCUACGACCGUCGCUCCUACCCGUGAGACUCCGCCUCUUCCGCAGCUCCGCCGCCGCGCAUACGCCACCGCCAGACCUUAAUCCAUCACCCGUUCCGGUGAUCCUCUCAUCAACAAAUGGCAUCGGUGGUGUCUCUAUCGCUGCGGCCGCAUCGGCGAUUGACGUCGAUGCGGUGACGGAGGCGGAGCUGAAGGAGAACGGGUUCCGAAGCACUCGCCGAACGAAGCUGGUAUGCACGAUCGGGCCAUCUACAUGUGAAGCGGAGCAGAUUGAAGCGCUUGCCGUCGGCGGGAUGAAUGUUGCGAGGGUCAACAUGUGCCACGGCACGCACGAUUGGCACCGACGGGUUAUACGACAGGUGCGCCGGUUGAACGAGGAGAAGGGAUUCGCCGUCGCUGUUAUGAUGGAUACGGAGGGGAGCGAGAUCCAUAUGGGAGAUCUCGGCGGGUUCGCUUCCGCCAAGACAGAGGAUGGUGAAGUUUGGACGUUUAGUGUCAGAGCUUUAAAAGCACCUCUUCCAGAACGCACCAUCAACGUGAAUUAUGAUGGUUUUGCCGAAGAUGUCAGAGUUGGUGAUGAACUUCUCGUGGAUGGUGGAAUGGUCAGAUUUGAGGUGAUUGAAAAGCUUGGUCCUGAUGUAAGGUGCAGAUGCACCGAUCCAGGAUUAUUAUUGCCGAGGGCCAACAUUACUUUCUGGCGAGAUGGUAGCCUAGUACGGGAGCGCAAUGCCAUGCUUCCGACCAUUUCCUCAAAGGAUUGGUUGGACAUAGAUUUUGGGAUUGCCGAGGGUGUAGAUUUCAUUGCAGUCUCUUUUGUGAAGUCUGCAGAGGUUAUUAAUCAUCUGAAAAGCUACAUAGCUGCACGAUGCCGUGACAGCAGAGAGAUUUCAGUGGUUGCAAAGAUUGAAAGCAUUGAUUCUUUAAAAAAUUUGGAAGAGAUUGUCCUUGCUUCAGAUGGAGCUAUGGUGGCUAGAGGAGACUUGGGUGCACAGAUUCCUCUGGAGCAAGUGCCCUCGGUUCAGCAUACGGUAGUUAAAAUCUGCAGGCAACUUAACAGACCGGUCAUUGUUGCCUCUCAGCUACUUGAAUCCAUGAUUGAGUACCCAACUCCAACUAGAGCUGAGGUUGCUGAUGUUUCAGAGGCAGUUAGGCAGAGAGCAGAUGCUCUAAUGCUAUCUGGUGAGUCAGCCAUGGGGCAAUUCCCUGAUAAGGCUUUGACUGUGCUGAGAAGUGUGAGCCUAAGAAUAGAAAGGUGGUGGAGAGAGGAGAAACGCUAUGAAGCUAUGGAGCUCCCUGAUGUUGCUUCUUCUUUUUCUGACAAAAUUUCUGAAGAAAUCUGCAAUUCCGCUGCGAAAAUGGCGAACAAUCUGGGAGUUGAUGCCGUCUUCGUGUACACAAAAACAGGGCAGAUGGCCUCUCUUCUUUCUCGCUGCCGCCCCGACUGCCCAAUCUUUGCUUUCACGACUUCAACCUCUUUGAGAAGACGCCUAAACCUGCAAUGGGGUUUAAUACCUUUCCGUCUGAGCUUCUCCGAUGAUAUGGAGACCAAUCUCAACAAAACUUUCUCACUGCUGAAGCAAAGGGGUAUGAUCCAGUCUGGAGAUUUGGUCAUUGCUCUUUCUGAUAUGUUGCAGUCCAUACAGGUAAUCAAUGUUCCUUAGUGCUUCUGUAAUAUUUUUGCAACUAUUUAUGAACAUAAUAAUUUCUUCUCACUUGCUUAUAUUUAUGUAUUGUAAUAGGAUGAUUGUCUUUUUUUAUUUUUAUUUUUAUGAACUAGGGUUUUAUAACCUGUUUAUGCUAUAUUUUGUUCUUCAUAGGAUGGUCGUCUACCGCCAAUAAUAUUGCUACUCAUCACAA